AGGAGAUUAGAACAGACACAUGGAUAUAGACUGCAGGGAGUGGGUGUUAUACACAGGCUUCCUUCUAGUAUCCCCAGUGACAGACCAUCUGCUGCAAUGACCGAAUCACAGAAGAGUUUGACCCAGGGCAGCGCAGCCCCAGGACCAGUGCCAGAGGGUGUAGUUCGGCUUUACAGCAUGAGAUUCUGCCCUUUUGUCCAAAGAGCACUGCUUGUCUUGCUUGCCAAGGGUAUCAAACAUGAAAUUGUCAACAUUAACCUAAAGAGCAAGCCGGAUUGGUUUUUUGAGAAAAGUCCUCAUGGAUUGGUACCAUCUAUUGAGACUUCUGAUGGUAAAAUCAUUUAUGACUCUCCAAUAGUUUGUGAUUACCUGGAUGAAACCUAUCCCGGGAAAAAGCUGACUCCAGCAGAUCCCUAUGAAAAAGCACAAGAGAGAAUGAUUCUGGAACAAUUCUCUAGGGUCACAUCUGCAUUGACCAGUAUUCUGUUUGCCAAAAAGAAAAAUGAAGAUAUAACCGAGUUAAAGACAAAGGCUUUUGAGAAAUUGAAAACAUUAGAAGAGGCACUGACCAAGAGGAACACCGCUUACUUUGGUGGAGAAUCCGUAUCUAUGAUUGACUACAUGAUGUGGCCCUGGUUUGAGCGGUUCUGUAUCUAUGAUGCCACCGAGUCUUUGGAAAAGUUCCCACGUAUGAAUGCCUGGCACAAGCUUAUGCUGCAGGACCCAGCUGUUAAACAGACCUUCAUCCAACCAGAUGUAUAUCUGGGCUUUUUCAAACUAUAUAGUCAGGACCGUUUAGAAGCGGCUGACUAUGGCCUGGAGUAAAGACAUCAAUGACUGUGAUUUUCAAUGUUUUGUCACUUCAAAGCUCUUAAGACUGAAUAAAGGGAUUUUCUGUAAUAUGUAAAAAUUUUCCUUCAUUCCUGCAUUACUAAUAAUAAAAAGUCCAGCUCACAUACAGUGAUUACUAGGAUGCACGGAUAAAUAAUAAACAUAUAUAAAAACACAAAGACAGUGAUGUGGAUCUACAUAAUGUCUGAGUUUGUUUAGUUAAGGUGAAUAUCUAGAAAGCUUUCUGCAAUAGCCACCGGCUUAUACUCUAAGGUAACACUGUUUUUCGGGUUCAUUUGAAAACCAUUUGCUUCUCACAUGUGCCAGAUGCGUACACUGCUCCUUUGUCUAUCUUGUAAGUUAUUCUGAAUGUUCAAUAAAGCUAGACAAUUCAUCUUA